AUUGUUAAUUUGUAAAUUAGCUUGUUUUGCACGCUCGCGCAAACGUAGAAAUAAUACUUGACCGAGUCGCAAAACGAACCUGUUUUUCUCGUUACAUAUGAAUGCAUAAAUAAAUUUAACAUAUCAUUUACUUGUAUGUAAUUUACACAUAACGAGAUGGCAAGACCCCGAACAUCUCAACAAUACCAGACGCAUUUGACACAGGCACCGGUUGCUUUCGGUAACUGGGCGCUUCCGAAGCUUUGCUCGGAGCUGCAGGACGAUGAACUAGUGAGCCGGCAGAGGGCGCUAACUGCACUCUGCGAUCUCGUCCAUGACCCUGAACGUGCUUAUGAAGCCAUUCUUAACGGAUGUAUGGAAAGACUUAUAUUCUUACUGAAAGAUGACGAUGGGUUAUGCCGGGUAAAAACCACGGAAGCACUUUACAUUCUUGCUGCACACAGUUUAGGACGAGAUGCCAUUUUAAAAAAUGACAUGAUGGGACCCCUCGCAGACCUGAUGGAUGACCCUGUAGAUGCCUGUCGCAGAAACGUACACCAAGCACUAAACAGAAUGGCUGAAUAUCCGUCAGGAGCAGUAUUUAUGGUGUCCAUGGGGCUGGUGCCUAGAUUGGUGCUGAAGGUCCCAAUAGAAGCAGAGAUCAUUCGUGCAUUAAUUCUCUCCACCUUAAGCAGCUGUAUCAUGAUAAAUGCCCAGCCUGCUCUAGAAAGUGAUGCAAUUCCUGUUUUGAGAGGUCAGCUCUCUCAUCAAUUCUCGGACAUCCGUCGGGCAGCUACGUCGGCCUUGGUGGGAAUCAGUGUUCCUUCAAAUGGUAAAGUGAAGGUGUGUGAAGAGGAUCUUCUGCCCUUGAUGGUCAACCUGCUGUCAGAUAAUGAUCAAGGUGUCGUAGCUAAUGCCGCAGGGACCGUUAUGAACACAGCUGUUAUUACCAGGGGUAAGCAUGAGGCAUUGAAAGCAGGUGCCAUCGACCCUUUGCUGCGGCUGGUGGCGAGUGACAACAGAGCAGUGUGCGCCAAUGCACUCUGUGCCCUUACAGUCCUGGCAGAGGUUCCUAGUGCCAGGUCACAGCUGCUGGGGCAUGUGCCUCUGCUGGAGACUAGACUCCAACACACUGACUCCAUCAUCCAGAGAGCUGCCUCCACGGCCCUCAAAGUGAUCUUAUGGAAACCAUGAAGAGAAAGAUAACAAGAAAUCUUUAGCAUUGUGAUCAAUUAAUUCAUAUGUAGUAGUUAUAUCUUAAAAUACUUGUAGUUAAGAAGAUAUCUGAAAAAAGUGUGGAAUUUGAACUAUUAUUGUGGAGGUGUUUUAUUAAUACAAUAAACUGCUAAAUAAGCAACAAAUAUA